AACAGUUUAUCUGGCCCAGCUAUGAAGGGGAAGCUGAGCCACAGAGGAAAGUGUGGACUCAGCAUCAGCAAACGCUCAGUGUGACAUAGCAAACAGUAACAUCGCCUCCCUUGAAACCUUUCUCCAAAACUCAUUUGGCUUCCUUUGUGGGGGGGACCACCUGCUCUGCCUUGAUGGCUUUUGAAAGCCUCCUGAACCAAGUGGGAGUUUUGGGGAGAUUCCAGAUCUUUCAGAUGGCUUUACUUGGUCUCAGCUGCCUCAUAAUAUACCCUCAUAUUAUCCUGGAGAACUUCACUGCGGCCGUCCCGGAUCACCGCUGCCGUGUCCAGCUCCUUGACAAUGCUACUCUCUCUAUUAAUGACACUGAGGUCUUCAGCCAAGAUGACCUCCUCAAAAUCUUCAUCCCACAGGAUUCCAACCUGAUGCCAGAAAAGUGCCGACGUUUUGUCCACCCUCAGUGGCAGCUCCUUCACCUCAGUGAGAGACUCUCCAGCAUGACGGAGCCAGACACAGAGCCUUGCAUGGACGGCUGGGUGUAUGACCAAAAAACCUAUCCCUCCACCAUUGUGACUAAGUGGGACCUGGUCUGUGAAUCUCAGUCAUUAAAAUCAGUGAAUAAUUUCCUCUUUAUGAUUGGAAUGCUGAUAGGGGGUAUCAUACUUGGCUAUUUAACGGACAGGUUCGGGCGGAAGUUGGUAUUUAGAUGGUGUGUGCUCCUGCUGGCCAUUGCUGAAACCAGUGCGGCCUUUGUUCCCACCUUCCCCCUUUACUGCACACUACGCUUCUUGGCUGGGUGUUUCACUUCCAGCAUCCUGACAAAUUCUACUAUGCUUAUUAUGGAAUGGGUGGUACCUCCCUUCCAAGCCUUGGGAAUAGUAAUUACAGCCUCUUGCAGUUGCAUCAGCUUGAUGAUUCUGGGAGGAAUAGCUUUUGCCAUUCGAGACUGGUUCAUCCUUCAGCUGGUGUAUUCAGUACCAUUAUUCUUCAUCUUUCUUUCCUCAAGAUGGCUGGCAGAAUCAGCUCGGUGGCUGAUUAUCAAGAACAAACUGGAAGAAGGCUUAAAGGAACUUAAAAAAGUCGCACACGCAAAUGGAAUAAAGAAUGCCGGAGACAUCCUAACCAUGGAGGUUGUGAGAACCAACAUGCAGGAGGAUAUAGAGGCAGUGAAGAUGAAGGUCUCGAUGUUCCAUCUCUUCCGCACACCCACCAUGCGUAAGAGGACCUUUCUCCUGUGUUUUAUAAGAUUGGCAAUCUUAAUUCUUUUUUAUGGCCUGGCUCUGAACAUCCAGUACGUGGGGAACAAUAUUUUCCUGUCCCAGGUUCUCUUUGGUGUAAUCACCUUGCUAGGCAAUUUGGUUGGACUAUUCUUACUGAAUCAUAUGGGCCGUCGAGUAAGCCAGAUGCUUUCAUUCUCCCUUGUUGGAAUCUUCAUUUUAACCACCACAUUUCUGCCUGAAGAAAUGUAUAUCCUACAUCAGACUUUCCUGACUCUGGGAAUAGGAAUGAUUUCUGCGGUUAUCAUGUGUGUUAUUUCCCAUGCAAAUGAACUAAUGCCUACUGUUGUCAGGGCCACAGCUUCAGGGGUCUUGGGAAUUACUGGCAACAUAGGGGGAGCCCUGGGUGCUCUCUUGAUGGUCCUGAGGAUAUAUUCUCACCACUUGCCCUGGAUCCUGUAUGGGGUCAUCCCAAUCCUCUGCAUACCUGUUGUCUUCUUCCUUCCUGAAACCAGGAAUCAACCUCUGCCUGAUUCCAUCCAGAAUGUGGAGAACCAGAGAAAAGGCUCAAGAGAACCAAAGCAGGAAGAUACUAUUGAUUCCAUCAAAGUGACAUCAUUUUAAGGAAUUCUGUGAGCUGUUUAUCAAAGAAUAAGAUAAAAGAAUGAAGACCUGGGCUGUGUGUACCUUGUGCAUAAUAGUACCUUGGUCCUCUGCACCACUGAAGUGUUUUGUCAGAUUGGAAAUACAAAACAGCAAGUACAUUGGUGAAACUGGUAAGACAUAGGCAGUAUUAAGAGCAAAUGUGAAGUGGAACCAUCUACAGAAAUUCACUCUACUUGGUAUCAGGUGUACUUGCUGGAAUCUGAAAUUGUGGGAAGUGGUAUCAUAUUCACUUGAAAUUAAAGGGCAAAUUACUGCAUCUUGCAGUUCUGGUAUAAGGCAUCAAAUAGCCUACCAAGCCUCUUCAAUACCGGACACAGCAUCUUAUGUAAUUGAGAGUGCAGCUUUCAGCCAAACACCAAGCGAUCCAGAAGACUCCUGGACUCAUUCCCAGAGGUACCACAGAAGGAGAGCCUGGAGCAUUCAGUAGGCUGUGAAGGCAGCAUACCAAGUGGGACCGCACUUCCUGAGGCGCCCUGUGGCUUUACAGGAAUACAGUACACAGCAAGCUUAAUCAUGCAAUAUCAUAGACUCUAGAGAUGAAGAUGACGGUGGCCUGCUAAGCAUGAUUAUUGAGGAUCAAGUCACCUUGUAGCCAGGAUGUUUAUCACAAUACAGCUUCUAACACCCAUUAGGCAAAUCAAAUCAUAUUGUCAGGUGAUCCCCAUGGCACUCUAUAUCUAGAUGGAUUGGUACAUAAAGGCCAACGCACAAAGAAAGAAACUGGGCACAAACGUCCUGUUAUCUUCUACUGGAGCAUGGAUGCUGCUUAAUUCAACCAACAUCAUGGGUGGUUUUAUAGCAAGAUAAAUGAAUAAUUUCCAAUGAAAUUAGGUGUCCAGCGAUUUUUACCAAUUUGUCUUAGAGGUACAGACAGCCCACAUACUAGUGUUAACUACCCAGAAUGAGACAGACUCAGUUUUAGGCUCUCAAGGAGUAAAAAAAAAAUUAUACAGCCUGGUCCAUGGUCUCAUGUGAAUCAAAGCAGAAAUAAUUCUAAGCUCAUUAGUUUGUCCUGGCUCAAGGUCCAGGUAUACUAAGAAAAUCUAAUCAGCCAGAAUGUUUCAAAGACUCAUGAAUUAUCUCCUAGAGCUGGAAAAAUGGAUUUUUUUUAAAAACAAAUUUGUACUGUGAAGUGUGGGAAAUCAUCCUCCAAAUAAAAACCCAACCCCCAAUUUGGGAUACUCCCCUGGGAAAAACAGUGUAAGUCUCAGAAUAUAAACAGGCAGCAGAAACACACCCAGGAAAUAAUAGAAGAAAAACAGUUUAGGGUCUUCUAGAUUUAGUGGGCAACAGAGGCGAAAACAAAAUAGGAAAUUGUAAUGACUUUAUACAUUAUGGGUGCUACUGAUUGACUUCGUGUAACAUCACAGUGUCUGCUCCUCCUGUGCCAUUGAAUUUUGAUGUGAUUACUAACUGUUCUUAAUGUCUCUGUCAACUCAAACAACAAUGUACGUGUUGGAAACAAAGGUUGGGGAGCAAUAUUGCAUUGAAUGAUGACCAGUCUCUGUGCUCACUUAUGGCUCCUGAGGAGACCCGAAAGCUUGGGCAGUGCAUGUAUAUUUGUUUGUCUCCUCAUGUGUUUGUUUGUCUCAUUCUCUGCCAUUGAUCCCAGGAUGGAGGUCAAAGGUACCAAUCUGAUUGACAUUAGACAGAGAAAAGUUGAACACCCCAUAUCAUUAGGUUAAGUUUCUCCUAUAUGUCAAGAGAGUAUAACAUUUAUGUCUUCAGGUUUGACUAAAGCUGUAUUAGGUCUACAACAUGCUACAAUUUCCAUUUGGGUUCCAUCAUGAUACUGAAAAAUAGAUUUUAGUAGAUAGAACUGACUGAAUAUAGAAUUGUUCAAGUUUUGGGUGAGUGAAAAUUGACUUAAAAAUUCAGUUUUUGCAUCAAAUGGCUGGGCAGAUGGGAGAAAAAUUUACAGAGGUAUUUGAGAGAGCAAGCAAGAAAAGUUAAAGGCACAUCUGGUGUAAACAAAAGUAUAUGACUUUCUGGUGGGGGGAGGUGGUGCUUCUAACUCCUCCUAAUAUCUAUUUUGCUGCCUGUACUUCCUCCAUGCUCUAUUUUAGAGUCACAACUCCAAGAACAUGUUAUGAUUCUGUCAUGAUCAUAUCAGAAGAUGUAUCAAAACUAAUUUAGAUAGUAAUUAAUUUAGAAAGUAAAAAAAAUAAGUUUACAUUUACAGUUAGUAAAGUGAAGAAUGCCAAAGGAAUAAGCUCAUCCAUAAAUCAUAAAAAAGUUAUGAAAUGGACUAGAAAAAUACAAAAUGAGAUAUGGGAUGCAUCAUUGGUGAGAAUUCAAUUUUAAUAUGUCACUAAGGGAUUUUUGUCUUUUGCAAUUCUGUUCUUGGAGCAGAGGCAAAGCAGAAAACUUUGUUCCUUACAAGAACGUCAAAGGCAAUGAGACUGUGUCUCAGAGAAGACAUUGGUAACAUUAUCUAUGUGACACAUCAAUGUGUGCCUUGGGGUCUGCAUAAUGGACUCCUCAGCUCUACGAUGCUCCCAGCAGCAAUUACAUGGGAAGUAAUGCCUCGCUCGAUUUGAGGGCACUAAGUGGAGCAUCAAAUAUUAUUAGAUUAUUUGGUUAAGUCACAUAGAACUGUUACAAUAAUGAACUCUUCUUCCUUCAUUUUCUCUAUAGUUACUACAGAGAUGGGCUUCUUCCUUUGAGAGUAUCCUCUCACUAUAUAAAAUCUAUAUGGCAAUACUAAGGAAUUGGAGAAAUUAAUGGUUCCUGGUGUAUACUCAUCUAAUUAGCAUACUUCUAAUUGUGGUGUGUCUCCAGUUGAGAACAUAGCUUAUGAUACUAGACAUAUAUAACACACACACAUUCUCACAAUACAUCCAGCAGAACCACUUGAAUGUAUAAAAUGACCUCAAAAUGACCCACUUACAAGGUUGUUUCAUUCCAUUGUCUGAAUUGAAAGUUAUUGCCAAAUACAGUGGAAGCAAUUUUUCCAGCAUAGCAGGAUAUUUGCUGGCACCACUAUAAAUUGGUCCUUAAUUUCCAAACAUCUGAAAAAAAAUCCCUUUGUGGUCAUAAAUCUCCCCAACAAAACUUUAUCAGUGUAUUUUGUCUUUGAUGUUUUGGCACUUGGCCCCAGAUCUGUUUCUCUUUGAAGGGGAUGAAGUUUGACCAGAGACCUCGUUUCAAAGUUAUCGGAUCAAUACUAACAGUCCACAAAGCAUAGAGUUUUGGGGAUAAAUUAGGUUGUGCAAUGUGAAAACUUACUGACAAUUGAUCUUCAGUCUGCGUUUUAAACUUUAGUUACUGUUUCUUAUUCUGAUGUCAAUGAAUAAUAUCCCUUAUAAGAAAAUAAACAUUCUCCUCAAUAGUUAGUACUUAACAAUAUAAAUAAUAUCAUUAAAUAACAAAAUAGGUGUAAUGCAUACAAUAUAGAUAUACACUAAUCAAAUACAUAUGGUCCUACAGGAUGAUUUUCUAAAUUAAUCUGUUUAACUGCCCCUUAAAGAAUAUUUUUCUUAGAUUAUGUUCAUGCUCAAUUCUAUAACCAUGUUUCUUAGAGCCAAACUCUUUUUCAGAAACACAGACUAUAUAUCAUUGUCUAGGGUGCAGAAGAAAAUACACUUUUUCCUAAAAUAGCCUGAUGUGACAGAUUAAACAAAUUGGCUCAUCGAAAUGUGGGCGAAUAUUUUAUUGUCUGGGCUUCUUCUGUUAAUUAUAAAUUCAAUUGCUAAAUACAUUGUCCCUACUGGUAUUUUUAACCUCCUAUACUCAUCCAUGGCUGUUUACCAGUUAGCUUAAAGUCAAAUCAGGCAGAGAAGUGCUUCAUUAUGGAUUUAAAAGAUCACUGAAACAGUUCUUUUUAUUAAAUACGUUUUCUUGUAUCUUACUGACGUCACCAGUCAAUUUUGGACUAAAUAGCUAUCAUAAAAGUCUUUAUUCAGAGGUAGGGUGGGGAUUAGACCAUACCCUGCAGGACUUGGGGGCUAUUUCUAGCUCUGUGCUCAGAAUUGAAUCCCUCCAGUGUUUGCAAAUCAUACGUGUGCUGGGGAUUCGAACUAGGCUCAGCAGAAUUCAAGGCAAGUGCCUUGACCCAUGUGUGAUAGCUCUGACUCCAAAAUACUUUUGUUUAAUUUGAAAAGAUUUACAAGGC